AUUCCUGAUCGCGUUUGCUUCUCAGAGUCGCUUGUCUUGCUUGCGGGUCUUGGCAGCUCUUUCCUUUUUCCUUCUCACUCUCUUUCUUUCUGUGCUCCGUUUCUCGCAUUUUCUUCUGGAUUUCGCAUAAGAAACCCUAGAUUUUGAGCCGGAAAAUGUCGGGCAAAGGAGCCAAAGGCUUGAUUACUGGCAAAUCCACUCUCAAUAACAAAGACAAGGACAAGAAGAAGCCUGUCUCUCGCUCCUCUCGCGCUGGUCUCCAGUUCCCUGUGGGGCGGGUUCAUCGUCUUUUGAAAACUAGGGUUUCUGCAAAUGGAAGGGUUGGGGCAACAGCUGCUGUUUACACAGCAGCUAUACUGGAGUAUCUUACCGCUGAAGUGUUGGAGUUGGCGGGGAAUGCAAGCAAGGAUCUCAAGGUGAAACGUAUAACACCAAGGCAUUUGCAGCUUGCUAUACGGGGGGACGAAGAACUUGACACGCUCAUCAAAGGAACCAUUGCUGGUGGUGGGGUUAUCCCGCACAUUCACAAAUCCCUCAUCAACAAAUCCUCCAAGGAGUAGUCUCCCCUUUGUGUUUGUACCCUAAAAGCUGAUUUAAAAAAUGUAUGAGAAACAGUGAUAAGCGAGGAACCCAAUUGUGCCCUGACAAUUCUAGUACUUAAAUGUUGUUUGACAAGCAGUGUUAAGUUUUAUUUGUGUUGAUCUCUCUGUUUUUGAA